GUCCCUAGAGCGGCUUUUCUGCCAGCCAGAAGGUGGGCCGGGCCUCAGACGCCGCAGUUUGGCGCUCAGGCUAGAGCCAUCGUUCGUGGUGGAGGGUGUCUGAGCCUGCCUCGCCCCCACGAAGCUCUGUCCUGCACGGUGCCAGACUCCCGGGCCUCCCCCUGCGCCGGCCGAGCGUGCCAUGGCCCAGCAGAGAGCCCUGCCCCAGAGCAAGGAGACGCUGCUGCAGUCCUACAACAAGCGGCUGAAGGACGACAUCAAGUCCAUCAUGGACAACUUCACGGAGAUCAUCAAGACGGCCAAGAUCGAGGAGGAGACGCAGGUGUCACGGGCCACUCAGGGUGAACAGGACAAUUACGAGAUGCACGUGCGAGCUGCCAACAUCGUCCGAGCAGGCGAGUCCCUGAUGAAGCUGGUUUCCGACCUCAAGCAAUUCCUGAUCCUCAACGACUUCCCGUCCGUGAACGAGGCCAUCGACCAGCGCAACCAACAGCUGCGCGCUCUGCAGGAGGAGUGUGACCGCAAGCUUAUCACGCUGCGGGAUGAGGUCUCCAUCGAUCUGUACGAGCUGGAGGAGGAAUAUUACUCGUCCAGCUCCAGUCUUUGCGAAGCUAAUGACUUGCCUCUGUGUGAAGCUUAUUGGAGGCUGGACCCGGACACAGACUCCGCUGAUUGUCUCUCGGCCCCUCUCCUGGCGUCCCCAGAGCCUGGUACGGGCUCCCUGCAGGUCGCAGCCUCUGCCCACUCCCAUACUGGUGGCUCUGGCCCCGCAGAACACACCUGAGCUGCCGGGAUGCCUUCCCUGUGUGCCUGAUUUAUCAGGA